AUGGGACAGAGACACCCCCAGUGCUAUCUGGCGAGGAUGAACAAACAGGUCCAGCCCGAGCGCAAAGUGUCGGUGGUGGCCCCCUUGCCGGACCGCGCGGGGCCGCCGCCGCCGCCGCCGCCGAAGAAGGACGUGGAGCUGAUCCUGGUGAAGGAGCACAACGGGGUGCAGUACACCAGCAGCAGCCUCCUGCCCGCCGCCCCCGCGCCGCGCUACGGCACCCAGGACAGGGAGACCUGGGGCAAGAAGAUCGACUUCCUCCUCUCCGUCAUCGGCUUCGCCGUGGACCUGGCCAACGUCUGGCGAUUUCCGUACCUCUGCUACAAAAAUGGAGGGGGUGCUUUUCUAAUUCCCUACAUCCUCUUCUUAAUCAUUGCUGGAAUGCCCCUGUUCUAUAUGGAAUUAGCUCUGGGACAAUAUAACCGAGAAGGGGCUGCCACUGUGUGGAAAAUCUGUCCAGUUUUCAAAGGUGUAGGCUAUGCAGUGAUACUCAUAGCUCUUUAUGUGGGUUUCUACUACAACGUUAUCAUAGCUUGGUCUCUGUAUUAUCUAUUUUCAUCAUUCACAUUUGAGCUUCCCUGGACAAACUGCCACAACAGCUGGAACAGCCCAAACUGUACAGAUCCCAAACUCUUCAAUGCAUCAGCGCUUGGCAAUGGUACUAAAUACUCAAAGUACAAGCUAACUCCUGCAGCUGAAUUUUAUGAGCGAGGAGUUCUGCACCUGCACGAAAGCCGUGGAAUCCACGACCUUGGCUUGCCUCGCUGGCAACUUUCCCUCUGCCUCUUGGUGGUGGUAAUCAUUCUUUUCUUUAGUCUGUGGAAAGGCGUGAAGACUUCAGGAAAGGUUGUUUGGAUAACAGCCACUUUGCCUUACGUUGUAUUAUUUGUCUUAUUAAUACAUGGAAUAACCCUGCCUGGUGCAUACAAUGGAAUAAAUGCAUACCUGCAUAUAGAUUUCAGAAGAUUAAAAGAAGCCACAGUAUGGAUUGAUGCAGCUACUCAGAUAUUUUACUCCUUAGGAGCUGGGUUUGGCGUUUUAAUUGCAUUUGCCAGUUACAAUAAGUUUGACAACAACUGCUACAGGGAUGCUUUGCUGACUAGCACCAUUAACUGUGUCACAAGCUUCAUCUCAGGAUUUGCAAUUUUCUCCAUAUUGGGCUACAUGGCUCAUGAGCACAAAGUUAAAAUUGAGGAUGUAGCUACGGAAGGAGCUGGUUUAGUUUUCAUCCUGUACCCAGAGGCAAUUUCAACUCUUUCAGGAUCUACAUUUUGGGCUGUGGUGUUCUUCAUCAUGCUCCUUACUCUUGGCAUUGACAGUUCUAUGGGUGGGAUGGAGGCUGUCAUCACUGGCUUGGCAGAUGAUUUCCACCUUCUGAAACAGCACAGAAAGCUCUUCACCUUUGGUGUUUCUUUUGGCACUUUCCUACUUGCCCUUUUUUGCAUUACCAAUGGUGGAAUUUACGUGCUCACACUUCUGGACACAUUUGCAGCUGGGACUUCAAUCUUGUUUGCUGUUCUAAUGGAGGCAAUUGGAGUUUCCUGGUUUUAUGGUGUGGACAGAUUCAGUGAAGACAUCCAACAAAUGAUGGGCUUCAAACCAGGCCUCUACUGGAGACUGUGCUGGAAAUUUGUUAGUCCUGCUUUUUUAUUGUUCGUCGUGAUAGUCAGCAUAAUAAAUUUCAAACCUCUGACCUAUGAUGACUACACCUUCCCUCUGUGGGCAAACCGCAUUGGCUGGGGAAUAGCAUUAUCCUCAAUGAUCCUUGUGCCUGCCUAUAUCAUCUAUAAAUUUAUGAAUGUGCGUGGGACCUUUAAAGAAAGACUAGCUUACUGCAUCACACCUGAAAAUGAGCACCAACUCGUGGCCCAAGGAAAUGUCAGGCAGUUUAAGCUCCAACACUGGCUAACAAUAUGA